AUGGAUCGAGGCCCUGAACUGCAAGAGGCGGUUCGAACUCUUCCUGUCACUCUUGGAACGCUCCGAUACAGUGGUGCCACUGCCACUGUCCACGAGCUUAAAGUCAAGGAUCUCAAAAAGGCCGAUGCCGCCAUCAUGGAACAGAUGCGAAGCGACCAGAGCAGGAAGCAGUUCUUACCGCUCGUCACUGGAAUUGGCAUCAAUCGCUACGCCAUGCCCAUUCGAGCGCUUCCUCGAACGCAGUGGCCCCCCAACGUCGGAGAGUAUGCUGGAAAUGGAGGCAUAACCAAGGCAGUCAUCUUCAGUGUCGCUCGAUCUGAUCCCAGGCGACCUCUUCUGCGAGGCAUCACAAUCCACGGGAUGGCCAGGAUCACCAACGCUCCCGAUCUGCAUGAGCCUCCCGAGGCCGUCCGACAGAUGCUGCACGACGUUCACGCCAUGCUCCGACUUUAUUGA